GAGUAUUCGCGACAGGGGGGAGUCGAAGAUAUUUUUAAAUCGCCGGCUGCUGUUCUGCUAAGGUUAGGAUCAGCUGUGCUCGCGGAAAACACUGUAGCCUUCGGGAUGUUUGGAGCUGUGAUAGCCGUUUCUAGGUUACACAUCCGAGCUGCUCCGCACUUUGGAGGUCUUGCUGUUGCAAAAACGUUUAAACAAUGCCUUUCUCAGGAAGUGUCACAGUAUAAACUGCAGCAGUCUACGUUAGGCGUUAGACAAUUCGUCACCUGGAGGACGUUGGUGUCGAAAAAAUCAACAAAAAAAGAUGAUCUUGGAUGGGGCCAUUAUUUCAAAAGAGCAACGUCACUUUUUCGUCCAAAGCUAGUAAUACCAGGGAAAGAACCAAAACCUAUUGAAACAAAUCCCUUGAAAGUUAACACCAAAGUUCAGAAUAAUGUUAUGCUGUAUAGAUUUGAGAAACCCUACUUGUACAAAGGUGCACUAAUAUUUGGCGGUGUUGCAUUAGUCGGCUGCUUAGCUAUGGCAGACAAUGUUUUCCUGAUUCUAUGUAAGAAUCUUUGGAACCCUGAUAAACCUCUGCUCACAAGGUUGUACGAGCAUGCGUUGCCUCUUGCAUUUAUUGCCGUUGGCUGUAUAGCAGGUCCUGCAAUAUUUUAUACAGUAUGGUAUAUAACAAAACGGACUGUAAAGUAUAUAGUACUUCAUAAAGGUGGUAAAACAGUAACUAUAAUUACUUACCAUCCAUUCAAAGGAGAAGUCACAACGACCCUGCCUGUUAAUAAUCUAAGUACUUCAAGUGGCAGAACUGCGGCAAAAAGCUAUAUCCCGUUAAGGGUUAGAGACACCAAAUUAAAAUACAUGGUGGACAAAAAUGGAAAUUUUGUUAACAAAGAAUUAUUUGACGUCACUGUAGGUAUCAACAGAUUUUAGUAGUUAAAUUUGUAUUUCUUUAUUGUAUGAUACUCCGCGCGUCGCUGUAAAUAAAUCUACUAUUUGUAAGUUAUUUCUGUUAUUUUCUAUUAAAAAGUACGAUUAUCGAAACAAUUUGUUGAAAUCUCUCAAGAUUUUGGUUGCUACAUCUUGUCUUGCAAAGGUACAAGGUCAAAGAAUGAAAAAAUUGGGUUGGUACAUUGAAAGUUCUUUUAUUCAUAAGAUUUCUUUAUUUUUUGAUUUAACAUAAUUACAGGUAUUCGAUAAUUAAAAGUUAAAAAGAUUAAUCGAUUUAUAUUUACAUAUAUAUAUGCAUAUUUAUCACAUACUUAUGUACAAUCAAGUGCUUAGAAUAUGUUCGAAGACUUUUAAAGUUACAAUCAAAGAAAACAACGUAGUACACGCAAAACGGAUUCAUCGUUCUCGCAUAGAAACAUUUGAAUAUAGCGUUAAAGAUCGAGUUUCUUCAUUUUAACAUUAUCACGAGUCAACGCAUAUUUCUUACUCCCAUUUUCUUCACUUUUUUUGUUUGUUUGGCAAAAGUGUCUCCGCUGGAUCGAAUCAGUACGUUUAACUCGAUAAAUUGUACUUGUGGACGAUGAAAUAAACAAUGCUUAUUUUAUCAACUCC